AUGUUCUCCACAGGCUCGCCGUACUCACCGUUCUUCACCUCGGGUCUCCUGUCCGCCCAGCUCCUCGCAAUGGACACCCCAACGUCCUCCAGGGCACCGUCCCCAGAGAUCCAACUACCCCUGGGUCCAAGGCGAGGCAGUCUGCCCACCGACAACCUUGCAGCCACUUCGCCUCUUUCUCAAGAUGAAUCUGCGGCCUUUUACUUCACCAUGCAGCCCAAGCGUGACGAAACAGAGUUCAGGUCCUUCUUGUCUCUCGAUCUCGCAGAGUCCCAGUCGAUGCGUUCUGCAAGCCUCAAGCGCAAGGCCUCCUCCAAGGGCUCACGUUCUCGCUCUUCAAAAGCUAAUACUGGUCUCUCUAUCCCGAGCCGGAUUCCUGAAGUGUCGGUACCGCGGAUGCCUUCACCUGCGCGAAGGAUGCGGUACUCGCGUGACUCGCCGCUUCCAUCGCCCAAGCCUGCUCCUUCAAUAACACUCCCCGAGUUGCCAAAAGAGGCAUCCGACGAACCUCCUCGCCUGCCUUCGCUCGUCAAGACGCCGUCCCUCAGUUUCAGCUUUCCCGCCCCGCCCCCGACCUCGCCCAAGAAAUCCUUUUUGCCCUCCCUCCGAGUUUCCCGCACAAGAGCACCAAAAUCAGUAAUUCAACUCGCCAACAACAACCGCGCCUCGGUUCAAACAACGUCCUCUGUGUCCACCCGCGUCAAAAAGGUCAACCGCUCAGAUGCUUUGGCCCGUCUUGAAGGCCGGGUUAAGCCUUCAAGACUGUCCUUCACACCCAGCAGGAACUUCAUGAGCAUGAGCGACGACGAAGAAGAGGACCAAGACAGCGAUGCCGAAUCGCUAGGUGCCAAAAGUGACUACACUGACUUGGGCGACGAUCUCUUCUAUGCCUUUUUUGAACCGGAGGAUCUGGUCCUCCCGGCUUCUCUCCCCUCAACAUCACCCAUCUCCCCUUCGCAUCCCAUCGCCCAUCGCCGCAACUCUUCCUCGCCGACCAAGUCCUCAUUUGCCCGCAUGCAUUUCAGACGGUCGACGAAAGAGUGGUUCCCCCUGAAGAGCUUUAUUGAUCUCAGGAACGAUGAUGAGUCGUCUGCGUCAACAUGGAGUUGGAGGAGCUUCAUUGACGUUGCUAGCAUCUCAUAA